AUGGAGUUUUUCUUCAGCAGCAGAGGAAAAGCUCAGACUCUGGCUGAGCUUGACAUUGUAAUGAAUCGCAGCAGAGAACCCACUUGUGCGGGAGCAUCCGCAUGUUAUGGGUACCAAGACAAAGGAGUGAUGAUAGCCGUGGCAAGUGAUGCCAUAGGAGGGAAGGCGGCGUGUGGAAGAAACUACAAAGUGACAUGUACGGGUUCGACAAAUCAAGGUGUGCCACGUCUUUGCACCGGUAAGAGUGUAGUAGUAACCAUUGUCGAUUACUGUCCACCUGGCUGUCGUGGAACCAUCGAUCUUUCUCAAGAUGCUUUCGCCAUAAUUGCUGACCACAACGCGGGCAAAGUGAAUAUCGAAUAUACCUAG